AAUACCCUGUAAUUAGUCUCUGUUAUUUAUCUUGGGUCUUCUCUGCAGCUCAGAGGCCUGGCAAAACCUAUUGCCAAGCAAGAUCCGGCUCGGAGUGAAGGUACAAUGAUGAGGAAUUUUAUCAUAGUUGUGAAUAUUCUGGCAUUAACUCUGCCCUUUUUGGCUGCAGAGAUGCAGAACCCAGAUUCAAACUGCCAUGAGAAGAAUGAAGUAGUGUACAAUAAUCAAAGAGGCCUGUACACACCAGCCCACUUCCUCCUGAACCACAACCGUUAUGAACCUAGUUACUACCGCUACAUGCCACCUGUACCUGUUAGCUCAUACCUGUAUUACCCAUUUCUUGUAAAAAUACCUUUGCUUAGGUCUCCAGCCCAAAUCUCCAAAUGGCAACCAAUGCCAAAUUUCCCCCAGUCUGCUUCUCAUUCCUUUCCAAACCCAUCCUUUCUUGCCAUUCCUAUAAAUAAAGAUCAGGACAGCACUGCCAUUCCAACCAUCAACCCCAGUGCUCCCAUUGUGUCCACACCAGUUCCUACCACUGAGUCAGUGGUAGGUACUGCGGCCAAUCCUGAAGCUUCCACAGUGUCUAUCAAUACCCCUGAGACUGCCACAGUCCCAGUGUCCUCAGCUGCAGCAUAAGACACUAAGGAAACAUUGAAGAAGACAAUAAAGGUCUGAAACCCAAUUCCAACUUUAAACUCUCCUUCAGGAAAAACUCUGCCAUCAUUCAAGAGCAAAUGCAAUUUUCACAGAUUCAGAUCUUUCUCUUCUCUGACAUUUUAUAUUAAGGCCACAGUAAAUUUUGUUUUUCAAUCCUUGAAGAAUAAAGUUAAUGAAAUGCAAUUAAUAUAUGUU